UGAGUUUUCAAACAAUUGAAAUUUUUUCAAAAUAAAUUUAAUUAAAAUGAAAUUAUGGAUCGAUCUUCUUUUCUAUCUAAAUUGGACAUUUUUCCUAAGAUCGAUUCUUGUUUUACAAGAUCAUCAGUGGCCGGUGGUACUGUCUCAAUUUUCACCUAUAUUUUCAUCAUUAUAGUAUUAUUUUUUGAAGUUUUUGAUUAUCUUGAUUCGGAUGUCAUCUAUAAUCAUUCAGUCGAUACAGUAUUUGAUAAGAAAUUGAACAUAAAUGUAGACAUAACAGUGGCAACACCUUGUUCAAACGUCGGUGCCGAUGUCAUGGAUUCGACUAACAAACAUAGUAUGUACAAUUAUGGUCAUCUUAAAGAAAGUGGAACAAAUUUUCAAUUGUCCGGUAUCGAAUUAAAUCAAUGGAAUGAAAUGAAAAAACUAAGUCGAUUUAUUCGUGAUGAACAUCAUAAUAUACAUCGAAUGAUUUGGAAACCAUAUACACUUUCCUCAUCAUCAUCAUCAUCAUAUAAUAAUGACAAUAAUGACGAAAACAAUGAUGAUGAUAAUUUCAAUAAUAACAAUCAAUUUCCAUUGUUUAGAUUUCGUAAAGAAUCUAUUGAUGGAAAUUUUGAUUCAUGUCGACUUUAUGGUACAUUGAUUGUAAAUAAAGUUUCUGGAAAUUUUCAUAUUGCUGCUGGUAAAUAUCUACCAUUACCGAUUGGACAUGCUCAUUUAUCUUUGAUUGAUUAUGAAAAAUCCGUGAAUUUUUCACAUCGUAUUGAAAAAUUUUCUUUUGGUGAUAUGGUCAAUACUGUCAAUACGUUAGAUGGCGUUGAAAAGAUUACUCAUUCAAAUUAUCAUCUAUAUCAAUAUUAUCUAAAAGUUGUCCUAACAAAUGUUAAAACAUUUUCAUAUAAAGGUGAAACCUAUCAAUAUUCAGUAACCGAACGUGAUAUAAUUGUUAAUCAUGAAGCUGGAUUACAUGGUGUUCCGGGAAUAUAUUUCAAAUAUGAAAUUGAAGGCUUAAAAAUUGAUGUAAUUGAAAAUAAUUUACCAAUUUGGAAAUUUUUAGUACGUCUUUGUGCUAUUGUCGGUGGAAUUAUUGAAUUAUCCAUUAUGUUUAAUCAAUUAAUUACAAAUUGGAUCGAUGUUAUUAAUUCUAAAUAUCGUAAUUAUAAUAGAAUAAUUGAUUUUCAAUAAAUAAAAUGAUAAAAA